AUGAUAAGCUUGAUUGGAAAAUGGAUCUACACAGAAAAAGAAGAUACAAACCUGUCUCAGGAAUGUUCCGUUGGGGAGUUAGAGGAUGGUGAUUGGCUGUUAGUUGAUGUGGAAUUGACCGAUGACGACGCGGCAUUUUUGAAAGAAUACGUAGUGGUUCCAUGUGUUGCGCAAAAGACUCAGGAUGUCGAAGAACCGCUGCUGUUCAAUGCAGCACGCAAAAGCGUUAACAAAUCGAACGUGGAGAAGCGACAAAAGUAUUUUCAUGGAAAGAUGGUUUGUCGCAUGUUUCCAAGGAAGAUGGUACGACCAUAUAAGGUUGAGCGUUCGUUAAAGCACAAGGAGGAUGAUCUUACUUCGUGGGAUGACGGACGAUUUCAACGGUCUAACCACUGGAUCGAAAUGAUGUCGUUUAAAAUACCACCGCCCCUGUGUACACCGGGAAAGAUUCUACCUGCUCGAGUUAAUGUUAAAAGGUGGGAGAUUCUGUACUAGCGUAAAGUUCGGAAAGUAAUGACCCUCGUUAUUUUCAGAUUUAGCAGCCUUUCCUUAUAGCUACUUUGGGAACUUAACGGUAGUUAAGAGUCCCGUUUUUUUUUUUUUAUGGAUGUUCCGGAUAAAAGGGUUAUCCAUCUAUCCCAGCUACCCUGGGCUAGCCAACGUUUCGAUGAUUUAACGCCUAACACUUUUAAAUAAUAAACAAAAAGUUGCCUCAGCUAGGAGGGUGGUCCACCUCGCUGGGUCACCCUUGUUUAUGGUAGGACCGAGGUCGGACCGGCUUUUCUCGAUGUAAACCCUUUGGCUCGCCCAGCCGGGUCAACACGAUCAAGAUGAGGCUAUCAGCGCAUGCACGAGCGCUAGCUAUUUUAGACAAUUAGAGCUUCAGCAAGCAUUGAUAACUGUUUGCGCAAUUGUUUGCGCGCCUGACAGAAAUGAGUUAAUGAACAGAUGAUAAGCGCUGGAAUUUUGUACAAAGAUACUGUUUGAACAAGUGCCAUCACACUGACGGAAGGUGACAAAGACACUACACGGCCUAGCCUGAGAGCAACCUCUCCCUUUGGAGUGGCGAGCAAAGCGAGCCGCACGAGGCGCGACAGCGCGUGACUUCUCAUGCUUGACUCUCCCAAAGGGAGAGCUUGCUCGCAUUAAUUUUCAAUUCACUUAAUUGCUAUUACAACUGCGACGAUCAAGUCUUUAUUUAAAUCUGUAUUUCAUUAUCCCGACAUCAUCAUUUUGUUAAACAUUUUAACUUUUCGUAAAAUUUCAUUUUCAGCAUCAAGUCACCACUUAUGGUAUCGAUGAAAACUUGCGAACAGGUAUUUACACCAACAAAGAUCCAAGACCCAAACCUAUUUGUUGAGGACCUCAACACCUGUAAAUCUCUCGUCAAAUUUGAGCCUUCGCCUGUGGAGCAAUUCCUAUGCGACGUCGACAAAGUUACGCGAAAACGAACUUUUCAUUUUGUGGCUGGUAUCGGACAGCAACGGCAGCUACCACUGUGUUUGACACUGACCGGUGAUUAUGUCUACGAUAUGAUACAGGUGUCGCUUAGAAAGCGGCGUAAGUCCGCUAUAGAUAUCACAAAUGGACCGCCCAUUUCUGAAUCGAUUUCUUCAUCUGAGCCGCCCAGUUCUGAAUCAAUUGUUUCACCUGAGCCUGCGAGUACUCCAAAACCUCUGUUAGCUCUGGAAUGGCAACCAGAACCACAACAGGAAUGGCCACCGGAUUUUGAAGCUCUUCUUGAAGACGAGGACGAGGAGAGUUGGUUUGGAAACCCCACGAUGUCUGUGAUCAGCGAUAUCUGCGAGCUGACUUCGAAGUUGGGAAACCGCGUGCCAAAGACUGCUAUGUUUCUGUGGGCUCAGUUUAUGCACCUGAUUUCCUGCAGCAAGAAGUUCCUUUCUUGCGAAGGAAGCGAAGACCAAGGGAGUAACUCUGAGGAAGUAUUACGCGAACCUCCUCGGGGAUGUUACUUAAGCUUGUACUGUAAGGACUUUAGUGAGGAAAGGAGCCGCGCCGUGGCGGAUAAGAAGACUAAAAAGCAGGACACCAAAAGAAACCUAAAACGCACCCAUGGGGCUCUUGUUGAAAAGUACCACAACAACACCAACCGAAGGAGGGCCAUGGAUUCCAGGCGGUUCCAUCGGGGCGGUGGCAGAAGAGGAUGUUGA